UAAAAUAUUAUUACACUCAAAUUUCCCCAAAUUUCACGAUAUCGCCCUUAAUUUUCUCAACUUUCUCUAUCUCAGAAAACCCCCAAAUUCAUUAAUAUCUUCAAAUCCUUUGAUCUUUCUAUUAGUCCCCAACUUCUUUAAUCCCCUCAAAUACUUAAUCUCUCUGUUUUUAUCCCGGAAGCUCCAAAUAUAUUAAUCCACAAUAUGUAUGAAUAUGAGAUUAGUCAGUUUCAUGUUUCUCCUACUAUAUUUAAAUUUUUUAAUUAAUCUCGUUUUCCUCAAAUCCACUCAAAUCGCUUAUCUAUCUGCUAAAUCUCCAACGUUUUUAAAUGCUUACCCUAAUGUUAAACAUCAAAUUCUCUGAUAUCCCUCUUGCUGCAAAUCGAUUGAUCUCUGUUUUUCGUCAAAUCACUUCAAAAAUCUUGAUCACUCACCUUACGUUCACCCCCAAAUCCGCUCAAAUUCCUUUAUCCAGCGCAUUCCCUGAUAACACUCUUUCCAUUCACAUCGUUUUUUUGAAAAACAUCAAAUUCACUGAAAUCCUUAUUUCACUCCAAAUACAUUGUUCUCUUUUGUUCUAAAUUCCCCAAAUCUUCCCAAAUCACAUGAUAUCUCUUUCAGCCACAUUCAUCCCUUGUUAAUUUUCCUUCCAAUCCUUCAAAAACUAUUAACAUCACCAUUUUCUUCAGAUCCAUCUUUCUAGUAAUUCGCAAAAUCCCAUGUUAUCUUUUAUUAAUUCAAAUUACUUGACCUCCUCUAAUGAUCUCCAAAUUCUACGUUAUACAUUCAAAUCUACUAAUUCCUUCUUAAUUCCCUUGAAUCCUUGUUAUCUGAACCCCGAAACCUUUGAUGAUUAUUUCCUUAUAUAACACUAUUAAUCCAACAAAUCCAUUGAUAACUCUGUUUUAAUAUUUAUCCAAUAAAUCAUUCGAUAUUUCACCCCGAAUUAUUUUUUCAAAAAAUCCCUCAAAUCCUCCAUAUAUUUUUGAACUUUCAAAUCCCUAGAAAUCUCCCGAUCUCUCGACAUCCAAAUCUCUCGAUCAUUCAAUUAUUUCCGAACAAUAUC